GACAACCCGGACUCUCUCCUACGCAUGUCCCCCAAAGAACAAUGAAUGUAGUUGAACAAAAGAAAUUCUAAGCACAGCUGCAAAGUCCGGAAACGAGGAAACACUCCACAACACGAGACACGCUUUGUUUCUGUUCCUGCAGAAGGGCUUAUGCACUUGCAUUAGUCCAGCCACACCGCUGCUAGUCCUCUUAGGGCUCUCUUCUCCGUCAAUGGGUCCAAUAUUGGGACGUCCUUGCUACGCAGCCUCGUUUACCCCUGGCAAACCCACUAGACGCCGUUGCCAAUCAUUGGUUGACCUUGGAGCUACCUUUCCAAACGGCUACGUUCUCCAGCGGCCAUCGACUCCUAUUGGACCACCGGGCUGCGCGGCCCUUCGCUCUUCAUGGCGGAGCUCCAAACCUGGAUAACGGGCACCAUCCGUGUCAUGGAUUCGCCGCCUGUGUUGACGAUGCCCCGUAUUGGAACCCUACUUGGGUCGCCUUGAGCUGCAAGCCCAGUUGCCUACGCGCUGCUGAGCCUGCAUAGGGGAGAGAGGCUGCCGCCGCCACACAGACACACAUCACUAGAAAAGCCAUGGACUCCCGUAUUAGCCUCUGGUGGCUGCUGUCCUCUCUUCUCUCAAGUUUUGCUUCUUGCUUUACGACAGACGCAGCUUGGUUUGUUUCUUCUUCGACGUAUCAAACGUCCACCACACUCAUUUCUUGACCUUGUGUCGCUUACAUUCGCUUGAAUCCAAACGUUCUUUACCCCAACAAUGCAUUCCUUUGCUGCCGUCAGCACGGCUCUUCUGGCUUGCGCUGGAUCCGUCGCUGCCACCAAGUUCUCUGUUGUUGAGACGUACGACAAGACCAACUUCCUCGACAAGUUCAACUUCUGGGAUCAACAUGACCCUUCCAAUGGCGAUGUCAGUUACGUUGGCCAGGCCGAGGCCCUUAAGCUCGGCCUCGUUGGUUCAGAUGGCGAUGACUUCUUUGUGAGGCCCGAGACUACCAAGAAGGACUACCGCCGCAGUGUUCGCCUCGAAUCCAGGAAGUCUUACACAGAAGGUCUGAUGAUUGCUCGCUUCACACACUUCCCUAAGCCUGCUUGUGGACUUUGGCCUGCUUUCUGGACUAAGGGUGAUGUUUGGCCAGGCCAGGGCGAGAUUGACAUUUACGAGCACUGGAACCUCGAUGCCAACAACCAGCCCGCCAUCCACACUGGUAACGCCAGUGACUACGGAGCUUGCUUCGUGGAUAAUGAGCAUGUAACGGGCCAGGUUAUCACUAGCAACUGCGACAACACCUACACCGACGGCCAAACCCAAUUCGUCAACCAAGGUUGCUCAGCUAAUGCCAACAGCGCCCCCUAUGGUUCCUCCAACGGUGGAAUUUAUGCUCUUGAGUGGACUGGCGAAACCAUCAGCAUCUAUGGCUUCUCUACCGGUGCUGAGCCUAGCAACAUCAACUCUGAUCACCCUGAUACUGCGUCUUGGGGUCAGCCCAUCAUGCGCGUAAGCAACAACAAGUGCGACCUUAACAAGCACUUUGGCCCUCAGAAGGUUAUCCUCAACCUUGACUUCUGCGGUGAGCCCGCCAAGUUCCCCCAGUUUUGGGAUCAUACAUGUGGUGCUCAGACUGGUGUUGCGACCUGCACGGAAUUUGUCAACUCUCACCCUGAAGCCUUUGCGGAGUCAUUCUUCAAGGUCAAGGAUAUUCGUUUCUUCCAGGACUCCCGCCUCGAUCCCGUCACCACUAGCUCAACCGUCGUUUCCUCCACUAGCACCACUGUCUCGAGCUCGUCCACUAGCUCUGUUGAGUCUUCAACCACUGCCGUUAGCUCUUCUGCUUCGUCUACUGCCAGCUCUGGACAGCCUGACACCGCAUCUACCAAGCCCACCGGCGUGUCCAGCGCUUCGGAAGCCUCCGCUAUUAGCAGCUCCACCAGAUGGUCCAACUCGUCGGCUUCUGCCACCUCUGUUGAGAUGACCACCUCCACUGUCUACACCACCAGACCGGUCACCAUCACCAGCUGCGCCCCGACUGUGACCAGCUGCCCUAUUGGCAAGGUCACUACUGAGACGGUUGCCCUAUACACGACUGUCUGCCCUGUUUCCAAGGGCACCAAGCCUUCUCCUUCUGCAUCCAAACCCACCGGUGGAAGUGACAACGAGACCAUCACCACUCACAUCACGACCACUUACACCAUCACCAGCUGUGCCCCUACCGUCACAAACUGCCCUGUUGGUAAGGUCACCACUGAGGUUAUCACCACUACCUACUGCCCUGGUGAGGAGACCCCCAAGCAGACCGGCGGUAACCCCAAGCCCAGCCAGAGCCUCAACAUCGUCCCAGGCUGGAACAACAGCACUAACACCUUGGUGGCCACACCAUCGGCCACUGGAGGCUACUACCCUGGCAGUGACAACAGCUGCCAUGGCGAGAACUGCCCUGGCACUGGUAACAAGAAGCCCGAAGGCUGCACCGGUGAGAACUGUCCUCCCUCCAUCAUUGCCAGCAGCGGAGCUCGUGUUGCUGUCUCUGCCUUGGCAGCCGUCGUUGGACUUGUUGCCUUCGUCCUCUAAGCCAUGCGCUUCCACUCACUUUGCUUUCACAAUCACGCGUUACUUCCCUUCCAUGACUUCUUUCCCUUGGUCAUCACCAAGGGCCCUCUUUGUUUUGUUUUAAAUUUCAUUCUAAUCAGAUGGUUGUUGUAAACGUACUAGCUAGUCACAGCCUAUCUAUUUACGAGCUAGGACGGAGAACUUGAAUAGACAAAUAUAGACGCCAAUAACCC